AUGUUCAUCGAGCUACGGAACCACGUGUGGGACCUUAGGGUUCAGUUCUGGGAGGGGUACAGUCAGCGAGACCUCGAGCUGGACCAGCUCAAGGAGAAUUACGCUUCGGCAGUGCAAGAAGCCACGAAGCAGCCCCAGUCGCUCAACAGUCUCUGCUUCACGUACGAGCGCGAGCUCGGCCGCUACAAGCGGCAGAUUGCGAGUGCCCGAGCUCGCGACCCCACCACGGUGCUUCUGCUGACAGGCUCUCCGCUGCAGCAGGUCGAGGCCGACGCCAUAAUCAGGCUCCAGGAGGGCGUCAAGAUGGACAAAACCGACAAGCCGGGGAAGGUAUCGGACCAGGGCAACCUGUUCUGUAUCCAGACCAUUGCCUGGACCCAGCACAUAGAGAAGGCCGACCUGGCGUGCCUGCACACUAUCAAUAAUUACUUUAAAGGCAAAAGAGACAUCAAUGACCUGACCGAGAUCAUUGACUCGGAAUUUGGGAAGUUCGGUCCGAGCGCGAAGCUGCUCCUCAAGGUCCUGAACUCCCACAACACCGAAAUCGACCACAUAACGAUCAGCCCGGGCGUGAAGUAUGGCAAUACGGGACUAGUCAGUCCCAAUGAUAAGUCGCUGGAGUUGCCCACCUUUGAUAAUGUUGUCAAGGUCAUGGAGUAA